AUGGCUCCCUGUGUCAGCUGCUUCCUGUUGGUGGUGCUGAUUUCUGCCGGCUGUAAAGCCAUCCCCUCCUCAGAUCCGACGUGCACUGAGAAAGAAGACAACAGGACAUACAACUGUGAAAAUUUAGGUCUCAGAGAAAUUCCUGACACUCUACCAAACACAACAGAAGUUCUGGAAUUCAGCUUCAACUUCUUGCCUACGAUUCAAAAUACAACCUUCAGCAGGCUCAUACAUCUUAUCUUUUUGGAUCUGACCAGAAGCAAGGUCAAGAUAAGCAUAUAUCCUCAAAGUCUCCGUCGGUGCCAGAUUAACUGGGUACAUGAAGAUACUUUUCAAAGCCAUCAUCAACUGAACACCAUUGUGUUAACUGGAAAUCCCCUGAUAUUCAUGGCAGAAACAUCACUUACUGGGCCCAAGUUGCUGAAGCAUCUUUUCUUAACCCAAACAGGAAUAUCUAAUCUCGAGUUUAUACCAGUGCACAACCUGGAAAAUUUGGAAAGUUUGCAUCUUGGAAGCAACCAUAUUUCCUCCAUUAACCUCCCAGAAAACUUCCCAACACAGAAUCUGAAAGUCCUGGAUUUUCAGAAUAAUGCUAUACACUACAUCUCUAGAAAAGACACCAAUGCUCUGGAACAGGCCACCAACCUAAACCUUAACUUCAAUGGCAAUGACAUUAAAGGCAUUGAACCCGGGGCUUUCAAUUCAAAGAUCUUUCAAAGUUUGAAAUUUGGAGGGUCUCUCAACUUAUCUAUUGUAUUUAAAGGUCUACAGAACUGUACUAUUCAGUCUCUUUGGCUGGGCACAUUUGAGGACACUGAUGACCAAGACCUCACUUCAGCCACAUUUGAGGGACUUUGUGACAUGUCUGUUGAGAGCAUCAACUUACAAAAGCACCGUUUCAAUGACUUAUCAUCGUCCACAUUUCAGUGCUUCACUCGACUCCAGGAGUUGGAUCUGACAGCAGCUCACUUGAAAGGAUUGCCUUCUGGGAUUGAGGGUAUGAACUCUCUCAAGAAAUUAGUUCUCAAUGCAAAUAAUUUUGAUCAAUUGUGUCAAAUUAAUGCUGCCAGUUUCCCAUCCCUUAGGGAGCUUUAUAUCAAAGGCAACAUGAGGAAACUUGACCUCGGCACUAGGUGUUUAGAAAAACUAGAAACUCUUCAGAAACUUGAUUUAAGCCACAGUGAUAUCGAGGCUUCUGACUGUUGCAAUCUGCAACUCCAAAACCUACGCCACCUGCAAUACUUAAACCUGAGCUACAAUGAGCCCCUUGGUCUCGAGGAUCAGGCGUUCAAAGAAUGCCCUCAGCUAGAACUCCUGGAUUUGGCAUUUACCCACCUACGUGUUAAGGCUCCACACAGCCCUUUCCAAAGCCUCCAGCUCCUGCAGGUUCUGAAUCUCUCUCACUGCCUCCUUGAUACCAGCAAUCAGCACCUUCUAGCAGGCCUGUGGGGUCUCCGGCAUCUGAAUUUACAAGGGAAUUCCUUUCAAGACGGGAGCAUCUCAAAGACCAACCUACUUCAGACAGUAGGCAGCUUGGAGAUUCUGAUUUUAUCCUCUUGUAAUCUCCUCUCCAUAGACCAGCAAGCAUUCCAAGGCCUUGGGAACGUGAACCACUUAGACUUGAGCUACAACAGCCUAACAGGAGACAGCAUGGAUGCUCUUAACCAUCUUAAGGGGAUCUAUCUCAAUCUGGCCUCCAAUAACAUUCGCAUCAUCCCACCCCAUCUCCUCCCUGCCUUGUCUCAGCAGAGUACCAUUAAUUUAAGUCACAAUCCCCUGGACUGCACUUGCUCAAAUAUUCAUUUCAUAACAUGGUGCAAAGAAAAUCUACAUAAACUUGAGGACUUGGAGGAGACUACAUGUGCAAAUCCCCCAUCUUUAAGGGGAAUGAAACUGUCCAACGUCAAACUGCACUGUGGGAUUACCGGCAUGGGCAUUUUCUUUAUUGUAGUAUUUGUAUUCUCGCUCAUCCUUCUGCUCAUUUUUUCUGUUAAAUUUAUUCUUAGGUGGAAAUACCAGCACAUUUAG